AUGUCGGCAACAGCUGCGCGACCCGAUCCAUUCCGCCCCGCCAAGAGGGUAGCAGGACAGCGCCAGGAUGUCUGGUCAAUCGUGAACGAGGCUGCUGCAGCUUCACCUGUUCAACCCAUCGUAAACAUGGGUCAAGGGUUCUUUGGUUACAACCCUCCCAAGUUUGCUAUUGAUGCUGCAAAGGAUGCGCUGGACCGGGUAGAAUGCAACCAAUACUCUCCAACUAAGGGCCGUCCUCGCCUCAAGCAGGCCAUCGCAGAUGCCUACUCGCCCUUCUUCGGCAAGAAGUUGAACCCUGAAACCGAGGUCUCGAUCACAACCGGCGCAAAUGAGGGCAUGCUCAGUGCUUUUAUGGGCUUUAUCGAACCUGGUGACGAGGUCAUUAUCUUCGAACCCUUUUUUGAUCAGUAUAUUAGCAACAUUGAGAUGCCGGGCGGUACUAUCCGCUAUGUUCCUCUCCAUCCACCCAAGGAUGGUGCUACUAGAACCUCUCCUGCAUCGGAGUGGACCAUUAAUUUUGAGGAGCUUGAGAAUGCCAUGAACUCCAAAACAAAGAUGAUUGUCUUGAACUCUCCCCACAACCCCGUCGGUAAGGUCUUCUCGCGUGAGGAGCUUGAGCGCAUUGGCGAGCUGUGUGUGAAGUACAACCUGAUUAUCCUGUCCGAUGAGGUUUACGAUCGUCUCUUCUACGUUCCCUUUACGAGAAUUGCCACCCUGUCCCCGGAGCUGUAUGAGCGUACUCUGACUGUGGGCUCUGCCGGCAAGGCCUUUUACGCCACCGGCUGGCGUGUUGGGUAUCUCAUCGGCCCCGAACACCUGAUCAAAUAUGUUGCCGGUGCGCACACCCGCAUCUGCUACAGCAGUGUCUCUCCUCUCCAAGAAGCCGCUGCUGUUGCCUUUGAGAAGGCUGAGGAGGAGGGCUUCUGGGACGAAAGCCGAACAGACAUGCAGAAUAAGAUCAAACGUUUCUGCGAGGUCUUUGAUGAGCUCGGUCUUCCUUACUCUGACCCUGAGGGUGGAUACUUUGUUCUUGUCAACUUGGCCGCUGUGAAACUUCCAGCUGAUUAUCCUUUCCCUUCCCAUGUCGCCAAUCGCCCUCGGGAUUUCAAGCUCUGCUGGUUCCUAAUCCACGAGGUUGGAGUGGCUGCUAUUCCUCCUACGGAGUUCUACACUGAUGCCAAUACACAUAUUGCCGAGGACUAUCUCCGCUUCGCGGUCUGCAAGAACGAUGAUGUUCUUGAGACUGCCAAGGAGCGUCUCAGGGGUUUGAAAAAGUAUAUCACCAAGGAUGAAUAG